CUCCUUGUCCACGUCCCGCCCAGACGUCUUCCUCCUCCCCCGGGGGCGCCGCGUGCUCAGCCCUCUCCGCCUCAGAUAAUGCCAUUUUGCUCACAUUCGCGCCCUAAUCUGCCGUCGCCCACCUCCUUCUCACGACACCCGCCCUCGCCCCCUUCGAAUCGUCAUCCCUCCCCGGCCUAUGUCCGCGUCUUCAAGUCGCCAUGUUCCGCCCUUGCCCUCGCCGACGCCUCCGCCCCCACCGGUUCCCCACGGUCUGAAGCGUAGGCGUGCGCAGACCACGCCCUACGUGUAUGAGGCGAGGGACAUGAGCAUCGUCGAUCAGGCCGCUAUUGACGAUGCUGCAACAAGAUGUCAACUCGACUCGGGCAACGACGUGAUAUCUUGCUUCCCCAACUCCUCGACCGUGUUCGCGCAAGAUGAAUGGGCCACAUUUGUCUGGAACAGCAGGCUCCCCCAGUGGGCACAGACAAAUCUCGUCAACAUAUACCUCUUUCAAGCCGAUACUGGACUUCCGGUCACAAAUCAGACCAACGUCACCAAUCCUUCUGGCAGGGCUGGUCAGAUCCAUUUUCAAGUCGACGACGCUUGGUGGGGCUCAAGAGGUAGCGAAUGGAACGGCCAGAACCUGUCUCAUCCCUUUUACUUCCUCAUCACUCGCAAUGACAAGGAUAUAGAGAACACAGACAUUCCUCAGUCGACUUUCACAGCCGUUCAAACGACGUUCGCCAGUUCCGUCAUCGCCUCUAUGAGCUCAGCUUCUGCGGCCUCCGCCUCGUCUGCGUCGGCAGCCUCUGCAUCAGCGGCUUCUGCAUCAUCUGCAUCGGCCGCUUCGGCUUCGCUCUCUUCGCUUUCUUCGAGAUCUCACCUUUCUGGGUCGGCAGCUCCCACCGCAACCGGAACUGGCGCAGUUGGUGGUCCGAGCGCGAACAUCCAACCCGGCGGUGGUUCAUCAUCGUUCCCGAAGUGGGCUAUCGCGGUGAUCGUCGUUCUGGGCUUCCUCGCGCUCGUCGCCUUCGGCAUCCUCGCUUUCUACAUCGUGCGGCGCCUGCGCCAGCGACGUGAUGGUAGGCUCUCACACCGCAGUUCCAUGGGUUCAUCGACGCCCAUGAUGGCGAAUGUAGAACGUGGUGGACCCACAUCGCCCAUGCUAGGCCCUGCGGCACUCGCUGGCGGGGGUGCAGCUGCUGGAUAUGGCGCCGGAAUGUACAGCGACCGGGCACCGUCGCCCGGCGGCGGGCACGAUGGCGCGUCGAUGAUCUCACGGACAAGCGAUACCGGGCCGUUCUCGGGUGCGGACGCGGCGAUUAUGGCUAAUGCGUUCCGACAAGCUCUCCGGAAACCCGACUUCGCUGACACGCCUGUCGAAGAAGGCGAGAGCCCGGACGAGCCGCCUCAGCCGUCCCGCGCGGAGCUGCUCAGCCAGGAGCUUGCUGAGGAGGGACGCGAUAUACGCAGCGUGGGCUCGUCGAGAGGUGUACGUGUCGAGACGCUGAGCGACAGCGGCGACGAUGCAGCAACAGUGCAAGAUCACUAGAGCCGGUGGUCGUCGGACAGUUCUGUGCUGCUUAGUCUGAAAUGGCAUGACCUCCUGCAGUCUCACAUGCAGACUGUAUUCUGCCACUGUACGUCUUCCGUCGCAUUGAUGUCUCGUCUCAUGCCCUUCCGCUGUCGUCGCUACUGCUGUUGUCCACGUUUACGUUUGUCCUUCGUCUUUCGAUAUCGUCUUUGGGGUAUGUUGAGGGUGUCCCCUUCCUCCCGUCGUCGACAAAUCGCGUUAGAGUAAUCACUACGCCGCAUUCAGCCCUGCCCCUUCCUUGCGCUUCCCCAUCUCUGCCUCCGCCGGUGCCCUCCCCUUCUAUCCUCACCAUCGUCGCAUCCGCACUACCCUCCUCCCGCUGGUCAUUAUAGCUUAUUGUACCACGGACUAUUAAUAGCCACAAAGAUGUUCCAACCGCCUUUGGGCUAUGGACCCUUCGAAUUUUCAUCCCUGCUACCCUUUAUACCUGCUCCAUACGCAUCUUGGAAUCCGCCACAAUGUGACCGCGCACUCGCAGUUCGUGGGCCGUCCGCUCGUUUAUCGCCACCACCGAAUCCUCGAUCCCGCCAACUCCUCAGCGUUCGCUCGCGAGGACCGGCGCGCCGCCCGCAUGCUAAACUGCCCUCCCACCCAGCUGGCCGGCCGGGCUGUUGCUCUCCCGACGCUUGCGCCGGUGCACCGCAGUUGGCCUUCCGCUCCAAGGCUUUUUCUGGCUCUUCCCAGCGUCGGGUACCGGUUCCUGUUCCUACCCCGCGGUCUCGGUCUCGGCUCUUUUUCCUCAACGUACCUUCCCCGCAUGCGGUCAUUGGUCAUCCGAGCAUAUGGUCUUCCGCCAGGAAUUAAUGCGCCCCCUGUUCCCGACGAUGCGAACUCGCUGGACGACUGGGCGUUGCGGGAGCCCGUCUGUUUCUUUCCUCCUUCCGAGGCUCGUACCCGAGCAUCGCUCCCCCCUAUCUCCCUUCCUCGCCUUCCUUCCCUCUCCUGACUUUGCUCACCUGCGUCUCGCUCAUCGUCCUCUUGCCUGUACCUCCAUCGCUGCCGCCCCAUGUCGUUCUUGAACAUUCCAAAAAGAGUGGUCUCCCCUUCGCGUUCGUGACCACCGUUUUCUUCUGGGUUUGACUUCAUGCCGCCGCAAUCCCAACUCGUCGUCCAGCGUGGCUCGACGUCCUACGCUCCUUUUGUCCUUCACCGAUCACCGAUAAUUAUUAUGCAGGCCGUCAGAUCAGUCCCUCGUCCCCCUCCCCUCCCCCAGCAACCCUGUGGAAUGUUACAAUAUGCGCGCGAUUGAGGACAUGGUUGCGACUACUAGUGUGUGACGUAUGCGCUUCGCUCCACAGUCAACUAUGAUGGCCGUGGACGUUGUGGAGCGGGU